GCGAGGUAGACGAAGCGCUAUUUUAUACCACCCAUCAUGGACGCGAUAAGGGCAGCGCUUCGGCUGCCAGUCCAAGCCGUCGCGGCGAAGGAAGCGGCGCGGGACGAGGCAUCCGAGAAGCGUGCAGUCGCCUCCUACGGCUACAUGUUUGCUUCGUGUUCUCAAGGCACGUACGCCUGCACUGAGAGCCAAGAGCGUGCGCUCGUCGCACUGUUGCGGCGCCACCACGCGUCGCUGCGGCUUCGCGGCCAAGUCACGACAGCUUCAUCGGUGCAACUGCACGCGAUUGCCUUUGUCGCCGGGCAGUAUGCUGGGUCAGCCCUCGACAUCUCGGCGCUUGCGCCAUUCUCGUUGCGACUGCGGAUAGACGCGCUGCACGUGGCCGCUGACGCGCAGCUCAUUGUCUUACAAGUCGCAGUGGAUCCAACGGAAGGACUUGUUUGCAUCCAUGAGCCGAAAGCUUGGUUCCCCGACGACGCAGCAUGCAUGCUGUGGACACCAGGGUGUAAAUUUGGCGGCUUCACGUUUCCUUCGACGCCGUUCACACCACAGCACACACCCGGCCCGACUGCCUUCAACGAUAGUCUGGUUCGGGAUCCGACGCGCCACAACCUAUACGCAUUUGAUGGGAUGCUCCAGACGUUUCAAGUCCCGGCUGUGACCUCGUACAUUGUGCGACCGCCCCUCUACUCGGACGAUGCGCUUUCGUACAAGUCGCUCAGCGUCCAACAGAUGCGCAUGUGGGCUACCGACCGGCGAAAGCAAGCAAACUCACUGCGGCGCGACGGCAAGGUUACUGAAGCCAUUGCCGAGUACUCAUCUGCGAUCGAGAUGGAUCCAGACGACGGCGAAACAUACUACGCCCGUGCCUUGCUUUAUUUGCACGAAAAACAUUCGGAUGCGGCGCGGUCAGAUUUGCAGAAGGUGCUCUCGUUGAACCCAGUCCAUGCCAUGGCAACUGAGAAGCUCCGUGGUCUCGGUCGCGGCCUCAGUGAAAUGGCGACAACAGCAGCAACCCCUGACCCACAGCGUCUGUUGCAUCUGCUGCAAGAUGAGCUGAAGGCGCGCAAGAAAGAAAAGAAGCCGAAGAAGGAGCACAAGAACAAGGACCAUCGACGCCGAAGCAAGGAACGCAAGCGGCGACGUAGCGAAUCACCGCCAGCGCACCGACGAAGCAGUAGCCGCUACUCGAGAUGAUGCGAACGCGACUUGACAAUAGAGACGCAUCCUAUUGUAUCGACGAUGUUGGCUGCAAUUAUUAAUAGGCGCUCAAUCGCUGCAUCCCAACGACAUCGGCGUGCAGAUGCGGUUGGCCUCUCGCGUUUCGUCCACACGCAACCACCUAGAGAAGACACCACGCAGCCACGUCCGUGCAUCGUCCGACGGUAUAACAAAACGAAUGUGCCAAGACAACUGGGACGCCCAAUUGGCACGGCGACGACCAUACCUACAGAGCUCUACGCUCGCGGAGAUUUGGCGUUGCAGCACAAGCACAAUCGGCGGGAGGACGCUCUCGCCGUAACUCACUUUAUCCGGAAACUGGGUAGAUGCGAUUCUCAAUACACCCAACAUGUUUCUUCUCUG